GCUCAGCCUGUGCGAGAGGCAGAGGUAGAGUGGAAGCUUGGCAGAGGUGUUUGUACUCUCGGCAAAGUCGCGUUGGCCGCAAUUCGCAAUUCGCGUUUUUUUUUUGCAUUCGCCACGCAAUAAAUUCAAAGCUGAAAAGCAAAAUUUAUGACGUCGACGAUUUGCCUUCUCCUGCUGCCAUAACGGUACUGCUAAGAGAGUGUCAUUAAAAAAAUAAAAAAAAGAAAAGAAAAACAGGGUGUCGCUUUUUUCGAGUGGGGUGCAAUGUCUGGAAAAGCGUGAAAAGCGAGCCAAGGCCAUCUGACAGCAGCAAGUAUGUGCACAGUACACACAGAUGUGGCAGAAAUUGAAAUCAAUCAGCCCUGAACUGAGUACCCCUACUCCCUACACCCAUCUCGCUCUGGAUCACCUCUCUCGCUCCCUCCCUCGGCCAGCCCGCAUGACGUGAGGUCAGCAAAGGCUAAAAAAUGGGGAGCUGCUCUAAUCUCCUGACCAACUUGUGGCUUCGCUUCGUUUCCUUGGCCCCACUCGGCUCGGAUCAUUGGCUUUACGAUACCCUUCCAAGACCGGAGAUUAUCGGCUUGCAUUGGGGGAUAUCAUAUGAAUUAUAGCAUGCUUUAAUGCAUCAUGAUCACUGGAGUAGUUUGUUCUACAGAACAUAAUCAUCUAUGAUCUUUUGAUAUCGAUUAAGUUAAUAAAUAGAAAAAAUCGGUUAAAAUCGAUAAAUCGAAAUAAUCAUCAAAAUCAACUGAUCAAUAACUGGAAUACUAAAAAAAGUGAUCACUUUUUGAAUUGUCGUAUUCUUAACCAAAAUAUGUGAUUUCAUUAACAUAUAACAUAACUGACCACAGUUUCGAUCAGUUGGUUUUAGGUAAAAACUGAUACGAAAUAGAAACUUUAUGUGUAUUAACAUAAUACGUUUCAAUCUUGAAUGGAUCACAACUUCGAUCACUUGCUUUAAGUAACUCUCUGUUAUCACGGUUUUUUUUGCAUUCGUAUACCAAUCAUACCAUCUGACUCAGAGACUUGAGGUAUGCGAGUCUUCGUGGUGAUAAGAUAGUCUUUUUCCAGCUGCUGUUGAUGCUGCUGCUGCCAUAGCAAUUUCAGUUGGCCAAGUCCGGGCAAUUUGCUGGGCAAAUCAACGACAUGCAAAGCACUUUUGUUUAUUUCGUUGAUUGUUCUUACAAUUUUCGUACAAUGCCGGAAAAUGUACGUGCCCAGGCGUUGUUACUGUAAUUGCCCUCAAAAAAUGAGGAAAAAAGAAACCAAAGCGAACAGAAAACAAAGAAGAUGAGGGAGAAAAAUAAAUCAUACAACGUGAAAAUUCUUUUCAAAUGUCAGACAAAGGCGAAAUCCCAGGGGGAGCGUGGGUGGGGGCCACUCGAGGGGGGAUUCCCUGCUUGACAGACUCGAAAGAUCUCUCAGAUGCGGACGCAAGUCGCUGGGCGCUGUAAUCGUUCCCAGUUUUCGGAUAGGCCAGUGAAGAUGUUGCGCACAAGAUAUUGUAUGGGAAGAUCACGUACAGCAUGAAAUGGGGGCGUCAUUUACAUUGCCCUUUGGAGGAGCGAGCUUAGAGCCAGGAUCGCAUCGCAUCCCAGCGCCUCGGAUCGUGAGCGUGUGAAUCAAAAGCAAAAGUGAGAUGAGCAGGCCAACUUUGGAGUAAGGGUCUUCGUAGAUCUCCGAAACGUGAUCUCAAAAUAAGAACGUGUUGCCUUGUUAUUGAGAUGUCGAGAAUCCGGCGUGAAUAAGUCCACAAGAAAUAAAUUCUGGGAAAUGAAUGAAAAUUGUAACUCUUAAAUGCCACUAAUAAUGUACAGUACAAAAAUGAAUUACAAAGGGAAAACACGAUUGUCUAACCCUGGGGAAAGGGCCACAGCCAUAUCUUUUGACGGCCGCAUAGUGAUAAAUUUCACCCUCACUUGUCACUGACAGAGGUACUAAAGAUCGUUUCAGAAGUUAACUAAAUUCAUUUCAAAUCCAUUUUAAUUGAAAUUGUAAGUCGACCCGUCCAGUCAAAAAAAAAUGAGGAAACUUCGUAUACCCGAAAUAAACGCCAAAAUCCUGCGCGGAACGUUUUUUGUCGCCAGAUGCACGGGUUUGGUUUUCUUUCGGUUUAAGAACUCGCAAGAUAAUGUUCUGGCCUUCGAGGAAAGCGGCUGGGAUUUUAGAUGGUGGAAGUGGCUCACGGGAAUCCUGCGACUUGUGCCUCUUUGUGUUAUCAUCUAUUUAUUUACAUGGAUGAUAAGGGAGGAAGAACAACUAUUAAGACUAAUAAUCUUUACUCAACUUGUGGUUUCGAUACCUAGCUACUUAUCGAUGAUACACCUACACAUUUUUCGUGGCCCCGAGAUGAUAAAGUUGAUAAACCGAUACUUUAUCCUCUUUCGGCAAUUAAGAUCCUUGACUGUGGGGAAGCAAAUUGGAUUUGGUGGCGGUCGAGAGCUAAUCCUGAUUAUGUUAUUUUUUGUUUUACAAUUUCAAGAGGUCGUAGAUCUUUUAGGAUAUUUUCCCCUUAACCUUAAUGCUGCACAAAUCGCAUCCUCCGCAUGCUUUUCUUAUGCAGUUUUGGCAAGUAACAUGAUACUUCGAGUAAGUUUUAUUUGGCACCUAAGUGUGAGCGUCUUGUUUACUGAGGUGCAAAAAUGCAUUCGUUUUGAACUUCAAUCACAGACCGUGCAACCCAGAAAUCAUCAUCGAAGAUUGAAACGCAUUAUGGCUAUUUUCAUUGAGAUAAGUGAUGUGGUCUCUUCAUUGAAUGGCAUUACUAAUGUUUAUCUGUUCUUUAAUCUGGUCCACAAACUAUAUUUUGUAGUCGUGCUCUCGAGCGAUAUGAUUAUCCAUUUGCUAUUUAUUUGGAAAAUAUUUCACUGGAUUCUUUUCAUUAAAGUGAUAAUCGAAGUCUUUGUUCUAAUAUUGGUCAUUCAAGAAUCAAUUAAUCAGUUUAGAUACAUUCACGAGCUCUCUCUAGACCUUUUCCUAGCCACCGAACUGAAAGAUUGGCACAAAACGGUGGAAAUCUUUGUGACUCAUUUAAACCUAAACAAGUUUAGAGUUCGUCCUCUGGAUCUUUUUGAUGUUUCCUGCGAGUUUUUCCUUAUAAUCGUAUCUGGAAUAGUAACCUAUCUCGUUUUCGUCGUACAAUGUGUAAUGCAAAGGCGAAACAUGCAGUUGUAG